AUGACCAUGUGGGACGACUCGGGGUCCGAUGAGGACGAGAUGGACCCAGAGGAGCAUUUGCGCAUGGAGGCCCUCUGCCGCGCGUUCGAGGACCUAUGCCACGAGCUUCGCUUCCACCAGAAAGAGUGGUGCCUGCGUAAUCCAUCGUACAAGUACAAGGGUCCCGCGCCUUUGCACAUGGCGGACAGGCUCGAAGCGUUGGCUAGGGACGUGCGGUCCUUCGCCGAAGACGACUCCGAUCUCGCUUUGCAGAUGGCUGCCGAGGUGAGAGCCGAUCACCUCGCCGCGCAGGUGGAGGCGGCGCGACUGCGCGAGGUGGAGGCGCGCGUGGAGGAGACGGAACGACGCCGGCGAGCCGAGGUGGAGGCGAGGCGCGAGGUGGAGCGGCGCAAGGAGCGCGAGGAGCAGGCCAGACUCGCGGAGGAUGCCAGGAGAGCAGCGGGCGUUCGAGCGUCCAACCCGGAGGAGCGAGACGCCUCGCGGGGACCCAGCGUUCAGUUCCUCGCCAAACGCGAGCGCGCCAGACUCCAAGCGGAGAAGCUCCCGACGCUGUUCGACCUCGACGCCCUGCCGGACGAGGUCGCCGGGGCGGUCCUUCGACAGAUGGGCGCCUACGAGCUCGCGGCGACGGCGUGUUGCAACAAACGAUUCCGCGACUUGGCGAGGACGGACGACGCGCUGUGGCGCCGUUUGCAGCUCACGUGCGGGCGGCACCCGCGCUGGAGGGUGGACGGGUCGUGGCGCGAGUCGUUCUUCCAGGGGGCGGAGAAGAUCGACGCGAACUGGCGGCGGGGUAAGUUUCGCAGGCUGGAGCACAGGCUGCACUCGGAGUACACGGCUUGCGUGGCGAUGCGAGGGGACCUGGGGUGCUCGGGGUCGGCCGAUCACGACCUCGCGAUAUUCGGCCUGCCGCCGCGCGCGAGGGGUACGCCGCUGCAGGGCGUGGGGCUGCUGUGGGAGCGCCAGAUCGGGCGGUGCGUGGGCCACGGGGAGCCGGUGACGUGCUGCAAACUCGCCGGCGGCGACGGCGACGACGCGUUUUCUCCCCCGACGCUGGCGCUGAGCGGGACGGCUAAGGGCGAGAUGCGGGUGUGGAGCCUAUCGCAGAUGCCCACCUGCCCGUGGCGCGCGGAGGAGGACGAGACCUGGGGCGACAUGGCCACCCCCGGCGCGCACGAUACCGCGACGCCCCGGCGCGUGCCGUGCGUCGAGACCAGGCUUCUCACGACUCCCGAGACGGGUCAACCGCACGCUCAAUUUUUCGACGUCACCGCCGGUUGCUCUCUCGGCGGAAACGGCGGGGACGGCGGGUCGUUCGGGCUCGUCGCCGCCGCCGGCGCGGAGCACGGCGCGGGUGUCCACGUGUACGACACCGCGCGAUGGGGCGCGGCGUGCGUUCGAGUCCCGGGCUUUGACGCGGGCGUCUACGGAAUCGCGUGGGGAAGGGGUCCCUUCGACAACAACGUGGUUCACGCCGCGUGUUCCGACGGCAUCGUCCGCAGGUGGGACGUCCGCGCCCCGGGGCGUGGCGCCAGGCUCGACGCCGCGCGCGUGGGCGAGUCCACGGGACGGAACAGGCGCGUCGCGAGGUGCGUCGACGCCGACGGGGGUCUAUUCGCUUUUGGUUCAGCCUCUGGCACCGUUCACGUCCACGACGCCAGGGUCCCUGACGCGCCCCUCGCGUCCCCCAAGCGCGCGCACUCGGACUGCGUCAACGCCGUGGCGAUCGACGCGAAGCUCGGGCGGGUGGUGAGCGGCGGGGACGACUGCGGGAUCGCCGUGCAGAGGCUUCCGUUGACUCUGGAGGAUGCGCAGGUGACGUUUGCGCAGACGCCGCAGGGCGUGCUCGGCGUGGCGUUCGAUCACAGCAGGUUGGUGAUAGGGUGCGAGGACACGACGGUGCGGGUGUUCGACGCGGAGCUCGGCGAGGGGUUCGUGGACGGCGAGGCGCUCAGGCAGGCGAUGCGGGAGCUCAACAGGCGGACGCAGGGCGCAGGGAGCAUUUUGCAUCGGGCGCAGAGAAGGGAUAACUCGUUAGCGCGAUAA